AUGAAAAUUCUAUCGACAAAUCAGAGUAUUGUCCCAAGGAUACUUCUGGAAACUACAAGUGAGCCGCCGGUGAAUAAUCUUUCGGUGCAACAACAGAAACAGGAACAAAAACGCAAGGAAAUGUCGAAGAAGCUCGAGAAGAUUCUCGAUCAUCGUGAUUUGGCGAAGGAAAGAAUGCUCCGGAUCCGUGAGGGAUUGGCCGUGGCUAACAUCAGCAUUCAUUGGCUGCGACUACAACUCGAAACACUUCGUCAGUGUAACGAUGAACUGCAGAAAACGUAUCUGGAUAUUUGUGACCUUGUUCCAAGGGAUCAGCGUGAAGGACACAAACAAAGCCAUUUCCAGGACGAAGAGCUGCACGCUGAGCUUUUUGUGAACAUCCAAUCAGAAAUUGCAAAGUGGAAUGCAGCUGAAGAGGAGAAAAAACGAGGGAAUAUGAGUGCCUUAGCUCCGGCAUUUGUUCCGCAGCAACCGGUGGUAGUAAAUAGCUCCACACCUCAUCUGCAUGUGCCGCUGCCAACAUUCGAUGGUAGUCUCGAGAACUGGUACUCGUUCAAAUGCAUGUUCAAAACCAUCAUGAGCAGGUACCCAAACGAGUCACCAGCCAUAAAGCUGUACCACUUGAAAAAUUCUCUCGUCGGAGGUGCAGCAGGGAAAAUCGAUCAAGACGUGAUCAACAAUAAUGGUUACGAAUCAGCGUGGAAGAUGCUCGAGGACACCUACGAAGACGAGCGACUCAUCAUCGACACAUACAUAGACGCUUUGCUCGCACUACCAAAGAUGAAUAAUGAGAACGGUAAUGAAUUGCGGAAUUUGCUUGAUAUCUGCACAAAACACGUCGAUGCAUUGAAGAACCGAUCGUUACCAGUCGAAGGGCUUGCCGAGAUGAUCCUGCUCAAUGUGAUUGCUAAACGCCUUGACAAGGAAACACGAAAACUAUGGGAAUCGCAAAUCCCGUCAGAUGAACUGCCCACCUACACCGAGACGAUCGAUUUCCUUCGAGAACGAAGCCGUAUACUCCAGAAGAUGAAAGGCUACAACGAACUACGUCCAUCAGUUUCCACGAGACAGAAAGGUAAACCAUCCGACAUCAAGCCCGUCCAAAGCAGGAAUUUUGUGCAAACGUCGAAUCAGUCCAAGGAAUCGUGUGCAUGCUGUGGAAAUGAACACCUAAUCUACAAGUGCGACGUGUUCAAGGACAUGACGAUAAGCGAGCGAUACACCAAAGUGAAGCAGACUGGCCUUUGCUUUAAUUGCCUACGACGAGGUCAUCGUACUGGAGAAUGCAACUCGGAUAGAACGUGUAAAACAUGCAAACGAAAGCAUCAUAGUUUGCUCCAUGAGAACAAGACCACAGCUCCACAAUCCGCAGUAACAUCAUCAGUUCCAGAAGAACAUUGUGAAGUCGCUGGACAAGCACCAGGAAGUGUCAACUGUGCUCGAGCGGCAACGACAAAGCAAGUGCUUCUUUCGACGGCAGAGGUAGAAGUAUAUGGUUCCGGGAAUAGCCGCAUAGCAUGCAGAGCUUUGUUGGAUUCCGGAUCUGACUCGCAUCUCAUCAGUGAAGCAUUCGCGAGGAAGUUGAAUAUACCAAUGGAGCGCGUUAACAUUCCAAUCAGCGGAGUGAAUAAUGCUGCGACACGAGUUAAGCACAAGCUUCAUACCACGAUUAGCUCACGUGUCAAUCCAUUCGUCGUUGAUUUGGAUUUCCUUGUCGUACCGACGAUAACUGCGAAUCUGCCCAUCACCAAGGUGGACGUGCGUUCUUGGAUCAUUCCUGCUAAUCUUGCGUUGGCAGAUCCAUCGUUCCAUACUCCCGACGAAAUCCAAAUGAUUAUCGGUGCUGAACUAUUUUUCGACCUGAUCAAGACCGGCCGCAUGAAACUUGCUGAAGGAACGCCUACGUUAAUCGAAACACAGCUGGGUUGGAUUGUUAGCGGUCCGGUAAAGGCGAUACAAAUCGGCCCCACACAUGCAGUUUGCCAAUUGAACCACAUCGAUGACCAACUAAAUCGCACCCUUGUGAAGUUUUGGGAACUCGAAACCUGCAUAGAAGCAUCUCCAUAUACGCCAGCGGAACAAGCCAUCGAAGAACACUACGAGCGAACGACUUCACGCGACAAAAGUGGUCGGUACAUUGUCAAACUGCCGUUUAACCAAAACAAGAGCCAACUUGGUGACUCUUUGGAAACGGCACGAGCAUGA